CUGCCCGACCGACUUUUGAUCCUGCAAGGGGUGGAACAGGACGGGGAGAAAAAGAUCUUAGUGCUAUAUCUCGUCAAUAUUCUAGUAGGGAUCUUCCAGGACAUACCAAACUUAAAUACAGGGAGCAAGGUCAAGGGACCACAGAAGAAUUACGAGCACGUGAUUUUCGCAAGGAACUUGACGAGAGAGAAAAGGAAAUUAAGGGGCCUAGUUCAAGGAAACAAGUUGAACCACCUGUUAAGAGACUUAAAGUUGACCAAGUCCCAGCUGCGAGUCUUGAUGCUGACGAUCCACUUGAAGGAGAUUCAUCUGAUUCAGAUGACUCAGAUGAUGACACAGCUGCACUUUUGGCCGAACUUAACAAAAUUAAAAAGGAGCGAGCCAUUGAGCAAGCCAAAAAGGAAGCUGAGAAGAAAACAAGAGGAAGAAAGGAUAAGAAUGGAAAAUAUUUUAUCUGGAAAUCCUUUGUUAAAUUACUCCUCAGCAGCACAAAAAAAUGACUUAAAGGUUAAGAGAAGGUGGGGAUGA